GUCAUUCCAAACAUGGCUGCCUCCAUGCGCUAACGCGAGCAAGCUGCCAGUCCAACAGCAGCAAACCGGCUGUCAGCUGUUUAUCGUCUACGUUGCUUGUACAGUAAAACUCUUAACACUUAAGAAACAGUGUCUACGUAGUGGAAAUAUCGCAGACUGAACCUUUAUGUUAGUGCGGAGUGCUCGACUGUGCCACCUCAUCUCCCAUCCUUCCUUCAACAGUUCAGCCAGAAAGAGUUUUUGGUGGAGUGUUGGUGCUGCUGCCAGCAGGAAACUAAGAUCUAUGGACCCUGGGGGUCCCACCGUCAAGCCCUCCCUCCCACCUGCUGAUUCUUCAGCAGCUGGCAUGAGUUCUGAUGCAACAGGCAGCCAGGAGGAAACACCUCAGGUGGAACUGUUGCCUGGAGAGACAGUGGUCAGAGAAGGAAAGGCGGCCAUCUUGUUUCCUAAUGCUAAUGAGGUGUUUUACAACCCAGUUCAGGAGUUUAACAGAGAUUUAACAUGUGCAGUUAUCACAGAGUUUGCGAGAGAUCUGUUCGCUCAGCGUGGGUUGAAGGUGGUGGUGCCUGGAGAGAAGGAGAGGGUGGUGGUUUCUCUGUCAGAGGAGACGAAUGAGACCGACGUACAGGCUGAGGACAAAAAUGGUGCAGAGGAGCCCAAAGUUGCUGCAACAGUAGGGGAGAAGUAUGAGCAAGGUCUUCGUGUUCUGGAGGGCCUGGCAGCAUCUGGUUUGCGCUCGGUGCGUUUUGCUCUUGAGGUUCCCGGUCUGCACAGCGUCACUGCCAAUGAUUUCUCCUCCAAGGCGGCAGCCCUGAUUGCAAGGAAUGCUCAGUACAACAGAGUCAACCACCUGCUCCAUGCUAGCUGCAGAGAUGCUAGCAUGCUGAUGUAUGAGAAGCGAGGGAAGAAGGAGCGAUAUGAUGUCAUUGAUCUGGACCCCUAUGGUAGCCCCGCCUCGUUCCUGGAUGCUGCUGUGCAGGCUGUCGGUGAAGGAGGUCUGUUGUGUGUAACAUGUACAGACAUGGCUGUGAUGGCAGGAAAUAGUGGAGAAACUUGCUACAGCAAAUAUGGCUCAGUCUCCAUCAAAGCCAAAUACUGUCAUGAGAUGGCUCUUCGUACCAUCCUCCACAGUUUGGACCAGCGCGCGGGUGUCUACCAGCGAUACAUCCAGCCCCUGCUAUCUAUCAGUGCCGACUUCUACAUUCGGGUCUUUGUACGCGUCUUCACAGGACAGGCUAUAGUCAAAAACUCAGCCAGUAAGCAGGCUCUGGUCUACAAUUGUGUCGGCUGUGGGUCUUUCCACUUGCAGAGAAUGGGCAGGAGAACAAGCAAUGGAAAACAUAUGAAGUACUCUGCUGCCACAGGACCCCCAGUUGGACCCGAGUGUGAGCACUGUGGACAGAGACAUCAGCUGGGUGGUCCCAUCUGGGCUGAGCCCAUACACGACUUGUCGUUUGUCCAGAAGGUUUUGUCUGCAGUGUCAGGGAACCCUUCCAGGUUUGGGACAUCCAAACGAAUAGAAGGCAUGCUCAGCAUGGUGACUGAGGAAUUGGAAGAUGUGCCUCUUUACUACACUGUGGACAAUCUGAGCAGCACAAUAAAAUGUAAUACUCCAUCACUGCUCCAGUUUAGGUCUGCUCUCCUUCAUGCCGGCCACAGGGUUUCCCUUUCUCAUGCCUGUAAAAACGCAGUUAAAACAGAUGCUCCUCCUGCAGCCAUCUGGGACAUCAUGCGAUGCUGGGAGAAAACCAACCCUGUGAAGAGGGAGAAACUGUCUCCGACAAGUCCUGCAUUCAAGAUCCUCUCUACCGAACCCUGCUUGGAGGCCUGUUUCACUGUGAGGGGGGAUGCCAACCCUCAGUCCCGUAAACGCCAUUUGACCAGGUUCCAGGAGAAUCCUCAGGCCUUCUGGGGACCGAAAGCCCGUGCCAAAGCUGGUGGGGGCAUCGCAACUGACCUGCAAGACAAGAGGAAGAAGUGCCAGAACAAGAGAAGGAACCAGAUCACAGACUCCUCCGAGUUGAAGAACUUUCCCUGCAAGAGGUUCAAACAGGGAACAUGCACUCAUGGAGACAAAUGCUGCUACUCCCAUGACGCAGAGCAGACAAGUGAAGAGAAAAUGGAUUGAUUCUCUCAUUGAGUUUUGCUUUUAAGUAAUUUUCUUUCUGCAUUUUGAAUGGCCCAGUUCAGCCUGACUCUGCUAUCAGAUUGUAAUGCAAGAGAACAACAAGAACCUGUAUGUAAAUAAUAUUUCUGUUUUAUGCUUUUUUUUUCUUUUCAACUGUUGUCAACUCUGCAUACUAAUAAAGUCAUCACUAUGACUUUAAAUACUAAAAAACGUUUAUUUUUAAGCCACCAUG